AGUGUGCAUAAAGGGACAUUUAAUAAAGAAUUGCUGUGGAAUUUUUGAUAGAAAACCACCAAGAUACUGCAAAGCAGCAAAUGAAAUUAUAACAUUUAUUAUUGGUGUGACCUCUCCCAAAAUGGCUGCUAAAAAGCUGACACAGGAUCUGGUGAAAAACGUUCGAGUCACUCUAAGCUCUGCUACUGUGCAAAUCAAUUCAGCUUUAGCUGAGGGUCAAAUGCGCUGGCCACCCUGGGGAUUGCCGUUAAAAGAUAAAAAAUCUCCUGAACCUCAGGGCAUUAAGACCAGGACAACAGUAAAAAAAGGGGCGAAAGAUACCAAGAAUAUAUCAGAGAAGAAAGAGGAAAGGACUGUCUAUAGUAAUGAAGUAGAGCCUGUGGCUCAAAGGACAGUAAAUCUCACAAGGCGUGAUAAAACAUAUGAGGAGAGGAUGAGCGACAUGUUAGAAGCCAAUGAAAUUGACCCAAUCGUUCGUGAUGUUCAAGAGAAAGAGAAAAAAGAAAGAAAGUUCUUUGUAGGUGCUAAGAAAUCAGAGACAAAAACUGAUGCUAGUGGACUGAAUCUUGCAGGACUUGCCAGUUAUAUCCCUAUGCUGAAGAAGGACGAAGAUGCUAAAUUAAGACAGAAAAUACGCAAAGUUUCGCGGGAUCAGAUAAACACCCGUACACGAGAACUUGUGAUUAGUCUGCAACAGGCAAAGUCUUCAUCCUCUAAGUUACAUCGAUUGGAGAUUUUUUGCAAGCAUCUUUUAGAUUUUCCAGAAGCCAGGCGAAUGUCUGUAAAGUAUGGAGUAGUGACUUGUCUGCUAAGGAUGCGUCACUUUGCGCGGAGAGAUGCUGCCAUCACUGCUGAGAUCUCCGAGGCCCUGGCAAUGCUGGGAUACAUGGACCCAGUGAAGGGACGGGGGAUUCGUCUUCUCACCAUUGAUGGAGGGGGAAUAAGGGCUAUUGUCGCACUGGAAACAAUGAGACAGUUGGAGGUUGCCACAGGGAAAAAAAUUUAUGAAUUAUUUGACUAUAUUGCUGGUGUCAGCGCAGGGUCCCUUUUGGCGUUUAUGGUCGGAACAUGGCGUCUUCCUCUCGAUGAGUGUGAAGAAUAUUGCAACAGGUGUAGUCGAGAACUUUUCAAGCAGGGUACUUUCGAUGGUGCAGUGAAUCUAGUCAAAGUCUUCUCAGUGUAUAAUUCAGAAAUUUGGGAGAAAAUCCUCAGUGGUAAUAUGGGAGACAAAACACUCAUCCACUCCAAUAUAGAUAUGAAUAGUCCAAAGGUGUCAGCAGCUGCUGCAGUCAGUAAACCAGGGAUGUCCAAGUACCAAACAUACCUCUUCCGAACCUACGACAUACCUUACCAACUCCAGUCGCGUUACGAGGGGACGUGUAACAGCAAAGUUUGGGAGGCAGUGAGAGCAUCAACAGCAGCACCAGUGUAUUUCCGUGAAGUUAUCAAAGAUGACAUGAUAUUGAGGGAUGGAGGUUGCUUGGAGAACAACCCAACGUUAAUCGCCAUCCAUGAGUGCAAGCUGCUGUGGCCGGAGGAGGAAUUCCAGUGCAUCGUGUCCCUGGGGAAUGGACGCUACGAGCCGAUGGUCAAGACAGGAGACCCCAGCUCCACUAACGAGGUCAUUAAAAUGAUUAACUCUGCCACUGACACAGAAGCCGUUCACCAGGGACUAACUGACCUAAUGUCUUCAGAUAUCUACUUCCGUUUCAACCCCUACAUGUCCGAGGACCUGACACUGGACGAGAUGCGUGACGAGAAGUGGCAACAGCUGCGCCAUGACUCUCAGAUGUACCUGCGUAAGAACGACAAGAAGAUCCAGAGGGCCGCAAAGAGGCUGAUGGUUCCCAGAACCAAAAUACAAAAAAUGAAAGACUGGGCAAAACACCAGAGCAUCUACCACGGGCUCAGUCAUCAGUGAAAUGUUAUUUAUAAGUGUGAGAUCACGGAGUUCAUCAAGGGAGAACCAAAGCUAUGGACUUGAUUGCAAUCCACGUAUUUCACUGGGGUCUAUGUGUCCAUUUCAGUAACUUUCCGCUUUAGGUUUGAUUCAUGUCAGCUUCGCCUUUUUCAAACCUCCAUACCCAGUACAUACAUGUUUAGUGCAUGUUCAACAGCUACAUGUAAUUUGUAGCAUGCUCUCUGGAUUACAUGGUGCUGUAGUGAAUAAAUGUAAAGAACUUUUG